UUCUGUUUUAAUGUUACAUCUGCUUGGAGAUUACUUGCCGAACCGAGCGAGUUAUUCGGUACCGAGCGAUUCGAAUAUCAGCGGAGUUCAGAGCCUGAUGACUUUGGACUGUGUGGCCAGUGACCGUGUGGUCAAAAACUUUCUGGCUCUGUGUGCAGACCUACAAAGUUUGAUAGAUUUUAAACAUGAAUAUCUUCGUCUUACUUGCCAAGAUUUUCUGGACUAUCCUAGAGGCCUUUGUGUUAAAGUUUGUCCCAGAGAAAAGGAAGAGUGUGCGGGGUGAGGUGGUGUUGGUGACCGGGGCGGCUCACGGGGUGGGGCGGUGCCUGGCUCUGGAGUUCGGCCGGCUGGGCGCCACCGUGGUGCUGUGGGACAUCAAUCGGGACGGGAAUGAAGCUACUGCAGAGCAGGUCCGCGAGGAAGGCGGCACGGCCCGAGCCUACCAGUGUGACUGUAGCAAAAGGGAGGAAAUACAGAGGGUGGCACAGCAGGUGAAAGAAGAGGUAGGUGAUGUGACCAUCCUGUUCAACAAUGCAGGUGUGAUGAUCACGGGCUCUGUGCUGGACCUGACAGAUGACCAGAUCGAGAGGACCUUCCAAGUCAAUGUCCUUGCACAUUUCUGGAUGCAGUCUACGCGUUGUACCGACAUGUAUAACGACAUAGUGAGGGAGAUGCACCGUGUCGUGGAAGCUCUGCCUGACACAACUCCUCUGGUGUCCAAGCCGCUGCAGCUUCUUCCAGACGAUUCAGAACAGACAGCGUUCCGGAAACUGAAGAGUUUAUGUCAUCAGCUCAAGAGGGUGAAUCCGGAGGGGCUUGUGUCGGGGACGGAUGCAGGCCCAUCGUCCGGACCUCGUCCCCGCAAAUCGCCCCGCCGUGGUCCGCCAGGUGACCGCCCUCUGUCCCUGUCCGGCCUCAGCCUGGACAGCGGGCUGCCCACACCGAUGGACAUUCCCGCCACUGGACACGGGUCUGUUCCUCUCUGUAUACCGGACAAUCUGGAGUGGGACCCCACAAACAACCGACUUGUAGCAAUCCUCGGUGUGGAGCGGGGAGGGCUGAAACUGUGUGAGGAGGCCCUGUCCAUCCUCAGAGCCAUCAAGGGUCCGGUGUGCCCGGUGUGCAUUGUGGGACGGUGCCGCACGGGGAAGUCCUACCUGCUGAGUCAGCUGCAGGGAGGCCGCUUCCGGCUGGGCAACAAGAUGGACAGGGAAACACUCGGAAUCUGGAUGGGUUCUCAGCCGUUCCAGCACACCCUGGCUGACGGGCGGCAGGUGACCGUGGUGCUGCUGGACACGGAGGGGAUGGAGGCGCACGACGCCAAGGAAAACACGGACAACCAGAUCUUCUCUCUCAGCGUGCUGCUCGGAUCACUACUCAUCUACAACACCAAGAGCGUGCCGCACAGCCACGACCUACAGAGUCUACACUACAUCGGAAACUUGUCCAAGAGUAUCCAGGUGCGCAGUAGCCGCGGCACGUCUGCGGAGGAGAUCCGGCGUGUGAGCGACUGUCUGCCGCAGUUCUUCUGGCUGCUGCGGGACGUGGAUCUGGAGAUCACCGACAGGAAGGGGCAGAGGUGCAGCAUGAAGACGUACUUGCUGGAGAAAGUGCUGAAAGCAGACGAUAGUUUUGAUGACGACGUGGCAGACCAGAAUCGAGUCAGAAAGUCCAUCUUGACAUUUUUCUCCGAUUUCGACGCCUUCGCCCUUCCUCCACCUUCAGCUGAUACAGAGGUUAUCCAGAACAUGGAGGACCCACGCUACGCCUCGUAUGUGACCAGCGCCUUCCACCAGGGCAUGGCCAGGGUCAAGAAGGAGAUCGUCGGGAAGUUCGCUCCCAAGACAAACCUCGCGGGAAACAUCAUCAACGGAGACCAACUUGCCGACUUGUUGCAGUGUUACGUGCGGGCCAUCAACACCCCGGGAACCGUACCCAACAUGGAGGACUCGUGGACACAGACGCUACAGUUGACCUACCAGCGGGCUGUGGAAGGUGCAGUGAAGAUUUAUGAGGAUGAGAUGAAGGCCCUGUCCCGCAGACUACCGUGUGACGAGCAGGAGUUACUGGGACAUCAUCAGUUCUACUUUGAGAUGGCACUGGACGGGUUCCGAGUUGACACCGAGCUAGACUGUGACUCCGCGCUCAUGCAGGAGAACAUGAAGGAACUGGAGGAUCGCUGUGCGUCCUUUGAUGACGGCGGCCGUUGUUCGGGUGGUAUUCUGUACCAGUAUUUGUGUGAGAAUGAAGCCAAGUCUGAGGAGCACUGCAGGGAGAUGAAGAACCUGCUGAUGGAAGCACACGUCCAGCCGGUCCUGGACAGCCUGAGUGCAAACACACAAUAUGGUGACGUCAUGAGGGCUGUGGAAGCGGCUGACCAAAUGUACUGGGAGAUGGCGGCAGGACCUAAAGCCAAUGACGUGUACAAUGAAUUUAUGAAGGAGCUGCAGGAACACCGUGACCGGGUGGAGCACACCCUGAGUCAGCUGAAGGACUACGACAGGCGGCUGGAGGAGGAGAGGGUCAGGGACCAGCAGAACAGGGUCAUCAUCAGGGAACAGGAGGAGGAGACGGAGCGGCUGCUCCAACAGAUGCAGCAGCAGAAGGAGCAAGACUUGGCUAAGGUCAAGGCCAUGGAGGAGGCGAACCGGCAGCGGCUGCAGCAGCUGAGCCGGGAGCACCAGGAGGCCAGCCGGCGGCAGACUGAGAGGUUGGAGCGGGACCACUCCUCACGGAUGUCUGCCUUCAAGAAACAACAGGAGGAGCAGUUCCGGAGGACAACCGAGAGGCUGGAGAACGAGAAGCGGUCGCUAGAGGGCACUAUGCAGAGCCUUCGAAACCAGCAGCAGCAGCUGCAAAACCAAGUCUCGGAGCUGAGAAACAGACCUCCUACUGUGGUUCACAAGAGGAGUGGUGGCGGCGGUUGCGUGGUGAUGUAAUUUCCGACGGCACUGAUGUCCUCAAAUCAACACACAAAACACACAAAAACGGAAUUUAUAUUUGUCUCUCUCUACUGCAAAUUGUGAUGAUGAAUGGAUGUUUCACUAUGGGGAGAUGUAUGAAGCGUGGGUCUUUUGUUUGAGACAUGGCAGAAACGGUGUAAAGUAGUCCGAUGUACGGAAAUGUCCCCCGUGGACACACACGUGAGGUCUUUUUUUGUUUACAUGUAGUAGGGAAAGGUCUUACAAUGGCACAGCUGUUCCUCUCAUUCACCAGCCUAACUUUAGAUAAAGGAACAUUACUGAUAUCCAAUAGUGAUAACAUGAAGUUUUAGAACUAUUCUCCCAGGUCAACAUUUUAUGAACAGAAUACGGCAGUCUUAAUGUCUCUGAAAUCUGUAACGAACGAAGG